AUGGUGCGAUCGACGCAGUCAUCGCCAGCACCUCCCUCCACCUCACCCCAGCGCACCAAUCCUCGCCGCCUCUCUCGUCGGAUCGCCAGCUCCGACAGUGUAAGCGGAGAUGACGACGAACAGCUUCUCAGCUCCCCCGAUAAGUCCCGCCAGCUGCCGCAUCGUACACCCCGUUUUGCAUCGGUCUCGGCAGACUCGGACGAGGACAUGCACUACGACAUGCAUUCUAUCGAUUCAGAUGGCUCUGUUGUAACCGAAGACGAAAUUUAUCUCUUGGAGCUUGCCUCGGCAACCCAAAUCGAAAAGUCUUCACUCAGCCAGCAGCUUCGUGCUGCUGGCGACAACAAGGCCAAGAUCUAUGUGCAGCUUCUUGAUCCUGUCAAACGUCACGACAUGCUCUCGAAGCAGUUUCAUGACUUUGUUCCUCAUAGCCUUCGGCAGACGCUCGAAGUUCCUAAGAGAGUCGGCAAGGACUUCAAUAAGAGCAGGUCACAGAGAUUCAUCGCCAUGGUUCACAAGCCCAAGGAGGUCGACAACGACGCUCUGCUUGAGGCCUUCGAGAAGUUUCUCGCCGACCUCAUGGACUGCUUCGACCAUCCACACGAGGUGAUCGGAUGGAAUCCUUUUGCCGCAUUUGCCGAAUUUGUCCAAGCUGGCGCCGCUCAUCGUUCCCCUUCCGUACUCCAAAGCUGCUCGCGCCUCACUCUUGGCCUCGAAUGGGAUCGCCUCAGCGACGAGGACAAAAAGCGCAUCGGCUACAAAUUUUUGUUCGACCUCAAAGAACUUCAUUACGACCGGAUGUGCAAAGUCAACGAGAUUCUUGCGGCUUGGGACGACAAGUUCCGCAGGUCUUCAACCUGCAACACCUGCAAUUCGGACCCCUGGGAAGUAUUUUUGCUCACAACAGUCAUUGCGAUGUUGAAGGAGGGUACGAAAUACGUUGACAUCGAGACGGCGUCUGACACGUCGUCGGAGGCAGACAGCAAUAGUGAUGACGAGGACGAGGACAUGGACGGCGACGACAAUCAUGAUCAAGACUCCACCGACUCGGAGUACAGCAAUGACGACGCAGCCGGCCUCCUCGACGUCUGCGCUCCCCGCCUCGAACCAAUCGAUGAUACGCAAGAACCUCGCCAGUCGUUUGUUCGCAACUACGGCCCUAAUGCGUAUAUUCUUCGCAUCGUGUCCAUCGACCAGCUCGGAUGCGUGGCGUUUGAUCGCUCGCCGUUCAAAGUCUGCCCAAGCUGCGGAUACCGCUUCGACGGGCACGAUGCCGAUAGAGGCUGUCCUUUCUAUCAGGAUCUGGACCGCGCAUUCACCAAAGCCCGGGAGCAGAUCUCCGAGAUCCCAGAGAUGAUUCAUAUGCCCACUGAGUGA